AUGAUGUCCUUUGGCAGCAAAUUGACCAAGCCCUUGCUCGCUACUCAACGUGGAUUCUCCACCUCUUCCUUGUUGCUCAAAGACAUCAAGCAUGUCACUGUUAUCGGUGCUGGCUUGAUGGGUUCUGGUAUCGUCCAAGUAGCUGCUCAAGCUAAAUACAAUGUCACCAUGAUUGAUACCACAGAUGCCGCACUCGAAAACGGUAAAAGCAUCAUUUCCAAGUCUCUCAAGCGCGUUGCUCGCAAGAAGUUUGCAGAUGAUGAAGCCAAGCAAAAGCAAUUCAUUGAUGAAACGCUUCAAUAUGUCACCUUGUCCAAGGACGUGGAGGAGGCAGCUGCCAAAACUGACCUCAUUGUCGAAGCUAUCGUCGAGAACAUUGAUAUCAAGCAAAAGUUGUUUGCUCAAUUGGAUAAGGUAGCUCCCAAGGAUACCAUCUUUUGUAGUAACACUUCUUCCUUGCCUGUCACUCAAAUUGCUGAGGCUACAAGCGAUGCUCGUAAGGAACGUUUCGCUGGUUUGCAUUUCUUCAACCCUGUGCCUGCCAUGAAGUUGGUUGAAAUUGUUCGUACUGACAAGGUGUCUGAUGAAGUCUAUACUGAUUUGGCUGAAUUCACAAAGAAGGUUGGCAAGACCUCUGUUGCUUGCAAAGAUACUCCUGGUUUCAUUGUGAACCGUUUGUUGGUGCCUUACAUGAUGGAAGCUAUGCGUGUCAUUGAUCGCGAAGAAGCUUCUAUUGCUGAUGUCGAUACUGCCAUGAAGUUAGGAGCUGGUAUGCCCAUGGGUCCCCUGGAAUUGGCGGAUUUUGUCGGUUUGGAUACCAUGAAGUUCAUUGUUGAUGGUUGGGAGAAGGCUGGAUCAUUGGAUACUCCUCUCAAGGAAUCUCAAAUUUUGAAUAAGCUCGUCAAGGAGGGUAAUUUGGGUCGCAAAUCUGGCAAGGGUUUCUACGAUUAUUCCAAGUAA